GAAGUCUACGGCAACUUGAAAUACCCUAUCCUCCCACCCAAUCUCUUCAAGAAAUGGCGGGACUUCUCCUCCUUGCUAGUCGUCUGCUUUAUCGCGGGGAUGCUCUACUACAGCAUGAACGUAAUCUGGCCCCGGCAAUCAACGCUGCUCUUCCUCAACUCGAAUGAGACGAUUAUCCGCGGAGUCUACGCCAAUAUGGUUUCCUUUGGUACCAUUAUAGCCGGUUGGUACUGUUCUGGAACCAUGCCAUGGAUCGGGCACGAAAGAUGGCAGCUCAUGGCGUUCAUCACAACGCAGACAGCAUUGAUUGGAUCGAUGGCGAGCAUCGGCAUGGAAGUCAAAAUGCAAGCAAUUGCUACUGUCAUCCUAGUCGCAACGUGCAACCUACCCCCCAGUCCGCUAAGCUUUGACAUGGUCAGCCUAGGCCUUGACGAUCAGCGAGACAUCGGCGUCGCCGUUGGUUUGAUAUCCACGUUUCGACUUAUUGGUGGCGCUGUCGCUACCAGUGUUUACGUUUCCAUCUAUACAUCUAGGUAUGCGUCUAACAUUGCACCUACUUUUCAACACAACAUCGAGGGGUUGGGUUUCCAAGGCGAUUUCCAGAAGCUGUUAGAUGCCACAGAAACAAAUACCUCGGUGGCCUACGCGAAGAUAUCCGGGAUCAACCAGCCGAUGAUACAGGCAGCCACGCUUUCUGUAAAGGAGGCGUAUGUUGGCGCUUUCAAAGUUAUAUACCUUGUAGCGAUUGCAUUCGGAGCGCAUUGA